UCCAAGCAAAUAACAACCAACGGAGAAUUUAUAAAAAUAUAUCGAGUAUUGGAAAACCAUAUUUGUGGCAAAAACUAUUACUUAUAAACUUUUGAGCGCGCUUACUUAAAAGCUGCUCGCCACUACCUCUGAGUACAACAACAAAAUCAUACCAACAAUUACAUUGCCAAAAACGACAACAAAAUGGGUUUUGGACGGCAGGAGAAUACGCUGGAGAAGCAAAUCGGCUGCGUGAAAUAUACACUUUUCUGCUUUAACAUUGUCGCAUGGAUGUUUGCCACCGCCUUGUUUGCGCUCAGCAUUUGGUUGCGCGCCGAGCAGGGCUUCAACAAUUGGCUGUCCAUACUUCAGGCACAAUCAUUUUACAUUGGCGUCUACAUAUUUAUCGGCACAAGCAUCAUCAUGAUGGCUGUAUCGUUUUUGGGUUGCCUCAGCGCGCUGAUGGAGAAUGUUUUGGCGCUACUAGUCUUCCUAGGCACGCAGAUUUUCGGUUUUGUUGCAGCCGUGGCUGGAUCGGCCGUACUGCUUGAUUAUAGUACCAUGCAUUCCAGCCUUCAACCGCUGUUGAGCAGGUCGUUGACAAGUUUUGUUAGUACCUCAGAGUAUUCGCAUUCCACAUACGUGCUUAAUAUGAUUCAGAGUAAUAUUGGCUGCUGUGGUGCAACUGGUCCGUGGGAUUAUUGGAAUCUACAUCAACCAUUGCCAGAUUCAUGCCGCGAUACUGUGAGCGGCAAUUGUUUCUUUAAUGGUUGUGUCGACGAAUUGACUUGGUUCUUUACGGGCAAGACUUCAUGGAUUGUUGCCGUGGCAUUGGGAUUGGCUCUGUUGCAUGUAAUCUGCGCUGUUUUGAGUUUGGUAUUGGUGCAAGCUGUUAAGAAGGAGGAAGAUGAAGCGCGUACCUACAGGCACUGAGAAGUGCGAGUUGCUGGAUAGUAAUUAAAGUAAGGAUAAACAGUGAGAGAGGGUAUUGGAGUCGAAUAUGAAUGCUGAUUGUUGCUGGAAAUGCAUACCUGUUCUUUAAACGCGCGCAUUGAGUUCCGUUGGAAAUCGACAAUUUUAAAACUCUACUUUUUUUUAACACAAAACCGCCGAAUGAACUUUUUACAUACCACAUAAAUAUUUUUCAUACAUAUUUAAUUUUUACAGUUACCCAUUAGAUUUUUAAGGUUGUUAACAAAAGAUACCUUUACAAA